AUGGCUACUGCUCAACGUUGGGCCGCUCUGGCCCGCGACACCAACGAGACCAAGAUCCAGAUGGCCCUCAACCUCGACGGCGGUGCCUUCCCCCCCGAAACGGACGAGCGUCUUAUCAAGGGAGAUGGCAGCCAUGCCUCCCAGUCGAGCAAGUCGCAGACCAUCGCCAUCAACACGGGCAUCGGCUUCCUGGACCACAUGCUUCACGCCCUAGCCAAGCACGCGGGGUGGAGAUACACCUUUGCCCGCGCCCUCGGCACGCCCACCGGGCUCGCCCGCUACGGAUACGCCUAUGCCCCCCUCGACGAGGCCCUCUCGCGCGCCGUCGUCGACCUGUCCAACCGCCCUUACAGCGUCAUCGAACUCGGCCUCAAGCGCGAGUUCCUCGGCCAGCUCAGCACCGAGAUGGUGCCUCACUGCAUGCAGAGCUUCGCCCAGGGCGCCCGCAUCACCCUGCACGUCGACUGUAUCCGCGGCGAAAACGACCACCACCGUGCCGAGAGCGCAUUCAAGGCCCUCGCCGUGGCCACGCGCAUGGCCACAUCCAGGGUCGCCGGUAGGGAGGGUGAGGUUCCCAGCACCAAGGGUACGCUGACGGCUUAG